CCUCGCCUUCGCCAAGGAGGCGCGCGCGGGCCGACGGGAAGGGGGAGGAGCCCGCGGCGCCCAGGCUGGAUGUUUCCUUCCUUCUGGCGGCCCGGAACACGGAGACUGCGGAGCUGCUGUAGCCAUGAGCCGCUUUAAAUUCAUCGAUAUCGGUAUUAACUUGACAGAUCCUAUGUUCAGAGGCAUUUACAGAGGUACACAGAAACAUCAAGAUGACUUUUUGGAUGUAAUAGAGAGAGCAGUCAAAACUGGUGUUAAAAAGUUUAUGAUUACAGGCGGAAAUCUACAAGAUAGUAAAGAUGCAUUGCAGCUGGCACAGACAAACGACAUGUUUUACAGUACGGUUGGCUGUCAUCCCACCCGCUGUGGAGAAUUUGAGCAGAAUGACCCUGACCAAUAUUUAGCUGAAUUGCAAAAUCUAGCUGAAAAAAAUAAGGGGAAGAUCAGAGCAAUUGGGGAAUGUGGCCUGGAUUUUGAUAGAUUAGAAUUUUGCCCUAAAGACACCCAACUCAAAUACUUUGAAAAGCAAUUUGACCUGUCAGAGCAAACAAAAUUGCCAAUGUUUCUCCAUUGUAGAAAUGCACACACUGAAUUUUUAGAGAUAAUGAGAAGGAAUAGAGAUAGAUGUGUGGGAGGAGUGGUACAUUCAUUUGAUGGCACAAAGGAAGAAGCAGCUGCUAUAAUAGAUUUGGAUCUCUAUAUAGGAAUAAAUGGUUGCUCACUGAAAACAGAAGCCAACUUAGAAACACUGAAGUCAAUUCCUGGUGAAAGAUUAAUGAUAGAAACUGAUGCUCCCUGGUGUGGUGUGAAAAAUACUCAUGCUGGGUCAAAGUGUAUAAAAACAACAUUUCCCACAAAAAAGAAAUGGGAAGUAGAGCACUGCUUGAAGGAUAGAAAUGAACCUUGCCAUAUAAUUCAGGUGCUGGAGAUAAUGACGACAGUAAGAGAGGAAGAUCCACUUGAACUGGCCAACACUCUUUACAACAAUACUAUUAAAGUCUUCUUUUCAGAUAUGUAAUGCUAUGUUUCUUACCUUUAUUUUGUAUAAAAGUAUGCAAAGUCUGUUAACCUUACUAUAAAACUUUAAAAAAGAAAAACCC